GUCCAGCCGUGACAGCAGCAGCUGCGGCGGCGAAGUUGAGUUGGGCGCCUGUGGCUGCGAGGGGAGAAGGUUGUGCGUCGGCCUUUGUCUUCCCCCGCUCCUUCAGCCGCUCUCUUGCCUUUCCUUCUCCUCCGCCUCCAGCGCCAGCAUGUCCUCCGACUUCGAGGGCUACGAGCAGGACUUCUCGGUCCUCACCGCGGAGGUCACCAACCGCAUCGGGAAGGUGCCCAAGCUGCUCGGGGAUGAGAAGAGGCAAAUGGUUUCAAAUGUGGAGAAGCAGCUGGAAGAAGCAAGAGAGCUGUUGGAGCAAAUGGAGCUUGAAGUUCGAGAAAUUCCUCCACAAAGUCGAGGCAUGUACAGCAGUAGAAUGAGGAGCUACAAGCAAGAAAUGGAAAAACUCGAAGCAGAUUUUAAAAGGUCACGAAUUGCCUACAGUGACGAGGUGCGGAAUGAGCUCCUAGGGGAUGAUGGGAAUUCCUCGGAGAUCCAGUUGAUAAAAUUACGUGAAGAGAGGGCACAUCUGCUCGAUAACACAGAGAGGCUGGAAAGGUCAUCUCGGAGACUAGAGGCUGGAUACCAAAUAGCAGUGGAAACUGAACAGAUUGGUCAGGACAUACUGGAAAACCUCAGCCAUGAUAGAGAAAAGAUUCAGCGUGCUCGAGAAAGACUGAGAGAAACUGAUGCAAACUUGGGCAAGAGUUCAAGGAUCCUCACAGGAAUGUUGCGAAGGUAAGGGCAAGGAUCAUCCAGAACCGGAUUUUGAUAGUGAUCUUGGGAAUCAUCGUUGUCUUUGCAGUCGUGAUGGUUAUUUAUUUUUCUGUCAGGGGACACUGAUAUCUUUGUUCUUGCUAACCAGCAACAAACUGCUUCAGAGUAAUUAAGACAAAGUGGUCACAUGAAUCAUUCCCUUACAUUGAAAUGGUUCUCCCUCUCAAAGCCUGCAGUUCAACUCUGGAGCAAGUAGCGUACACAUAUUUUGUCUUACUGGCUGCAUGUAUAUAUGAUAUUCUUCUUUGUUUCAAGAGUGUGAAAUAGAAUGACUGUUCUGGUAUUCCCAUAUUAACAUAUGGAACAAACAUACAUAAUUAACAGGUAUAAAACACUGAAUAUGUAAUUAGCAUAACAAAUUCCAGGCCAGAUUUUUAAUGAUGAAAACAGUAAGACUUGACUUGUGUUGAAUUAGUAUUUAAAUCUCUGUCAGGAUGGUUCCUUUUAGGCUCUUAGAAGAGAAGCCAGCAAAAAUUCAAAAUGCACUACGUGUGUCAUAUUUGUGGUGAAUAACUAUCACAAUUACAACUCAGCAAAGUGGAGAGUUAUUAUUUCUAAUAAACAUAUCACUCUUUGACAGGAUGGGUUGAUGGCCACUGUCCAGCUAUUAUUGUAAUAUUAUGAUUUUUUUCUGAUUUUUCAAACUUUUUAUCUGACAAUGUAUAUAUUCUCAUCUGUAGCCAAUCCUAGAUUAUGAAAAUAAUUUCUUUUACAGUGUUGUCCUAUGACCAUGUUAUUAUGGUGUUAAUAUUGCUUUGUGUUACUGUGAUCUUAAUGUAAGUGAAGUUCAAGGCAAGAAGAAACUGGUCAAUAGGCAUGUAGAGAUUCUCUCAAAGUCACUUCUGAGUUCAAACUGAAGACAAUAAUAAGAUUUAAAAUUUGAAGUGCUGUGCUAAAAUUAACCUAAUGGGAUUGUGUGUGGAAAAUAGUUUUAAUGAAUCAUACCAUAUAAGAUUCAUUUUAUUUAAAUGAAAGUGAUCUUAUCUGGUGCUAACCCCCAAGAUUACAGCUGCUGAGCCAGGAAUGGCUAGAUAACAAUGCAUGAGAACAGUUUGAUUUGUCCGAAGCAAGUAAGACAACCUUCAGUUUGCCUUUCUUUAGCACUGCCCAUGGUGAUAUUGUUUGUGCUCUCUCUUCUCCAGUAUAGCUUACAACCCCUCUACUUUAGAUAAUGUGCAGAAUUUAUGUUGAGCCAUCCGCAUGCUAUGUGCCCCUUACAUGUGCAGAUGUAAUUUUUCAGGUGCUGUGUUGGUUCAUAUUCCUGUCCUCUCCAUGCAACACUCAAAGCCCCCCUCCAGACCUCCUUUAAAGCCCUGAUGCUGCCUUGUAUAGGUAUUCCAUCCUUCAACAUGAACAGGCAGGAUUGGAGAAGCAUCUGGCAAUCCCCCACUCUAAACCAGAUGUACAAUGAUUACAGUAGUGCUCUGAACUCCAGAGAACCCACAUGGAUUUCAGUGGUGAUCUCAUCAUUGUGUGUCUGGUUAUGUGGAGCAAACCUUCUCCAAUGAUGUCUAGGGGCAUGAGAGGUAUGACCAGAACUCCCAGCCCAGCACCUCUUAAAUGAGAUAUCCUGUUCAAUCUUAACCCCUUUUAUGGAUGAAUGUUUAACACACAUUUUUUUAAAAAAAUGAUCCUUACAUAAAAACAAAAAUCAGACUUGGGUGAUACUAUUAUUAGGACAACUAAAGAGCAACAAAACUGAUAUGUUAAGUGGGGACUUACAUUGCAGGAUACAAUAUAUGAAAUAGCCCUCAUAGUAGACAGACAGAUGGAGACAUGCACUCAACAUAAUUAGAAUAUGUACCACAUAAUUGGCAGGCCCCAAGUUGGAUCCAGUUAUUAUAGUGCCCUAACAUGAGUUGUUCCCUUUUCUGUUCCCUUUUACUGCUUUGAGUACAUACUGCCACUUCUAGAUAUUAUGGGAACUCUAAUUUACAUGGUUUUCAUUGCCUUGGGAAGCUGAGAAUUAUAAAAAAGUAUAUUUGCCAUGGAAUUCUGAAUGUUGCUCCACAUACUUGCAGUAUCUUCUUCUCAUACAGCACUUUCAAUCAAUGUCCAUGCCUUGCCAUUUUCUGGUCCUGCCAUUGUCACUUGAGAAAUACAGGGGAAGCUCUGAAGCCACAACGUGGCCACCUCUGCUAUAAAAUAUCUGUAUCUCACAUCAUGUUCUAUUAUGUGUGCAUUAAAAACAUUAAGAAAAAAAUAUCCAAAUACUUAAUAAUAACCAGGAUUUUAUCUGCAUAUGUUAACAAGGGGAGCCGGUGUGGUAUGAUGGUUAGAGUGUUGGACUAAGUCUCUAGGAGACCAUGAUGUGAAAUCCCACUUAGCCAUG